UCACUAAACCAGAGAGACAGACAGACAGACAGACAGGUCCAGCUGAGUUCAAUUCCCUUUCUUUGCUAGGCUAAUCACCUGCAUAAUAACACGUGGGUUUGCUUCUGCCGCUCCUCUACUACUUAUGAACUCUCUUCCCUUUGCUUUCUACCCAUGAUUCCGACACCGGAAUUUGAAUUUCAACACCCCCAAUCAUCAUGUAUCUGUUGGAAAAGCCUCACCCGACUAAUUUCCACAAAGGAGGAGAAGCAGCACCCGCCGAGCACAUGAACAUGAUGAUCGAGGCGGUUCCGAAUGAUGAUCUCCCCCAAACCCAUCAACCCAAUCACCAACACCAACAGUUGCUUCUAUUGGGCGACAGCAGCGGCAGCGGCGAGGAUCACGAGCCCAAGCAGCCGCAGAAGAAGAGGGCGGAGACAUGGGUGCAGGACGAGACAAGGAGCUUAAUAGCUCUGAGGAGAGAGAUGGACAGCUUGUUCAACACUUGCAAGUCAAACAGGCAUUUGUGGGAGCAAAUAUCGGCGAAAAUGAGGGAGAAAGGGUUCGACAGGAACCCCAACAUGUGCACGGAUAAGUGGAGGAACUUGCUCAAGGAGUUCAAGAAGGUGAAGCAUCAUCAUCAUCAUGAUAAGGGGAGUGGGUCCGCUAAGAUGUCCUAUUAUAAAGAGAUUGAGGAGAUUUUGAAGGACAGGAAUAAGAAUGCUCCUUAUAAAAGUCCUACCCCAACUACUACUACUACUAAGGUUGAUUCUUUUAUGCACUUCUCCGAUAAAGGGAUCGAAGAUACAAACAUUGCUUUUGCACCUGUGGAAGCUAAUGACAGGCCAACACUCAACCUCGAGACAGGAUUGGACCAUGAUGGUCAUCCUCUUGCCCUCACUGCAGGUGAUGCAGUUGUGGCAAAUGGAGUUGCACCUUGGAAUUGGAGAGAAACCCCUGAGCAUGGUGGAGAGAAUCAAUCAUAUGGAGGGAGAGUCAUAGUAGUAACCUGGGGUGAUUAUACUAGGCGGAUAGGAAUUGAUGGUUCAGCAGAUGCCAUAAAGGAGGCCAUCAAGUCUGCGUUUAGGCUGAGAACAAGACGUACCUUCUGGUUGGAGGAUGAAGACCAGAUUGUCCGAAGUCUUGAUCGAGACAUGCCUCUGGGAAAUUACACCCUUCAUCUUGACGAAGGUAUGUCCGUGAAAGUGUGCCUGUAUGAUGAGCCAGACAACUUACCGUUACAUACAGAGGAGAAGAUUUUUUACACUGAAGAUGAUUUUCGUGAAUUCCUAACUCGUCGUGGGUGGACAUGUUUGCGGGAGUUUGAUGGAUACAGAAAUAUUGAAAAUAUGGAUGAUCUUCGACUUGGUGGAAUAUAUCGUGGUGUAAAUUGAGGGUAUGUAUGUGUAUUUUCUCCUUAAAUGCAGGUGUAUUUGGUAUACAAUUAUGUAGAUUACUGCAAUUGUAUGGUAGAUAGAACAAUAAUCAAGAACUGUAACAGAUCCUGUUCUUGCACAGCCUGGACAUGUGAUUGUACAUAUGUACUUUCGGUUUUGAGUUGCAAAAGUAAUCCAAGUCUUGUCCAUUUCAUUUUAACCAAGACUUUUCUUUUCUAUUA